AAAAAAUUAAAAAAAAAAAAAGAAAACAAGCUUUAGGGGCACCUGGGUGCAGUUGGUUAAGCGUCCAACUUCGGCUCAGGUUGAUCUUGCAGUUCGUGGGUUCGGGUCCUGUGUCGGGUUCUGUGCUGACAGCUCAGAGCCUGGACCCAGCUUCAGAUUCUCUCUGUCUGCCCAUACCCCACUUGCACUCUCUCCCUCUCUCUCUCAAAAAUAAACAUUAAAAAAAAGAAAGAAAAUAAAGUUUAAAAAGCUAAAUUAACUGAACCAUUAUUUAGAAUGGUUAAAAAAAUUCUAAUUUUAAACGUCUUGUUUAAAAAUUGUUUUUAAAAACUGCUCAGUAGUGGUGCCUGGGUGGAUCAGUCAGUUGAGCCUCUGACUUCAGCCCAGGUCAUGAUCUCGUGGUUUAUGACUUCGAGCCCUGCAUUGAGCUCGCUGUUGUCAGCACAGAGUCCUCUUGGGAUCCUCUCUCCGCCUCUCUCUCUGUCCCUCCCUUGCCUGCACUCUCUCUCAAAAAUAAACAUUUAAAAAUAAAUAGGGGCGCCUGGGUGGCUCAGUUGGUUGGGUGGCCGACUUCGGUUCAGGUCAUGAUCUCGCGGUCCGUGAGUCCGAGCCCCGCAUUGGGCUCUGUGCUGACAGCUCAGAGCCUGGAGCCGGCUUUGGGUUCUGUGUCUCCCUCUCUCUCUGACCCUCCCCCUGUUCAUGCUCUGUCUCAAAAAAAUAAAUAAACAUUAAAAAAAAUUUAAAAAAAUAAAUAAAUACUGCUCGGUAAUAAGGAAAUGAAGCAACUGUCUGGUGGCAUAGUGCCAUUAAAUUUUUUUAAGUUUAUUUAUUUAUUCUUGAGAGAGAAAGAGAGAGAGAGAGAAAAUCCUAAGCAGGCUUGAUGCUAUCAGUUCCGACUCUGAGGCAGGGGCUUGAUGUCUCAAACUGUGAGAUCAUUACCUGGGCUGAAAUCAAGAGUUGGCUGCUCAACCGACUGAGCCACCCAGGUGCCCCAACCAUUAAAAAUAUUUUAAAAGACUUUGCAGUAAUAUAGGAAAUUAUUUACACUAUGACAUUAAGUGAAAGAAAGCAGGAUAUUUAUACAACAUCUUUACAUAGCAUGAUCUCAACUAUUUUUAAAAAAUGUAUAGAAAUAUACUAAAAUGUUAACAAUGAUUAUUUCUGGGUGGUGGGACUGUAGCAUAAUAAUUUUCUAGAGCAAAUAGUUCUAUAUUAAUAACCAGAUUAAUUUUUCCAAUUCAAAUGCUUCCUCACUAUUGUGAAAUUACAGAUAGCUCUCUCAUCUCCUGGUGGGAUGUCAGAAGACUGCAAGAGUAUUGUUUUCCCUCAUACUGCUGGUCCACAGUCAGAUAAUUCCGAUUUACCCUGACAGGAGUUCUAAGAGCUCCAUGUCUCUUUGAUCAAGUCCCAAGAAGAUAAAUUUUCAUUUUCUUAAAGGAAAGGCACAGAGUUGUAGCCAUUGGUAAUUACCAUCAUGGAGAGCAAGAGCCAUAACAACCUUCAGGAGAGACCCACACCCUCCAGCAAGGGGAGGGCAUCAGUGGAGGACAACCAGUUGAUCAAAGCGGUUGAAAAAGAAGACAUCAAGCUGGUUCAGCAAUUGCUGGAAGGAGGGGCUGAUGUCAAUUUCCAGGAAAAGGAGUGGGGCUGGUCACCGUUGCAUAAUGCGGUACAAAGUGGCCAGGAGGACAUGCUGCAUCUUCUGUUUCGUUAUGGCGCUAAUCCUUUUCUGAGGAAGAAGAAUGAGGCCACUCCCUUCAUCAUCGCUGGGAUCGGAGGAAAGGUGAAGGUGCUCGAACUUUUACUUUCUAAAGGUGCAGAGGUCAAUGAGUAUGAUGCUAAUGGCUUCACAGCUUUCAUGGAAGCUGCUGUGAAUGGUAAAGUCGAAGCCUUAAGAUUCCUAUAUAAGAGUGGGGCAAAGGUGAAUUUGAGUCGAAGGACAAAGGAGGAUCAAAAGAGGCUUAAAAAAGGAGGGGCCACAGCUCUAAUGGAUGCUGCUGAAAAUGGACAUGUAGAUGCCUUGAAGGUCCUCCUUGAUGAGAUGGGGGCAGAUGUCAAAGCCCGUGACAACAUGGGCAGAAAUGCUUUGAUCUAUGCACUUAGGAACUCUGAUGAUAGAAAGGUGGAGGUCCUCACUCGCCUUCUGCUGGACCAUGGGGCUGAUGUCAAUGUGAGGGGAGAGAAAGGGAAGACACCCCUGAUCCUGGCAGUGGAAAAGAAGCACUUGGGUUUGGUGCAGAUGCUUCUGGAACAAGAGCAUAUAGAGAUUAAUGACACAGACAGUGAGGGCAAUACAGCACUUCUGCUGGCUGUCCAACUCAAACUGGCAGAAAUUGCUCAACUGUUAUGCGAGAAAGGAGCCAGCACAGACUGUGGAGAUCUUGUUAUGAUAGCGAGGCGCAACUAUGACAGUUCCCUUGCAAAGUUUCUUCUCCUUCAUGGAGCCAGAGAAGAUUUUCACUCUCCUGCUGAAGACUGGAAGCCUCAAAGCUCACGUUGGGGGGAGGCCUUGGAACAUCUCCACAGAAUAUACCGCCCUAUGAUUGGCAAACUCAAGAUCUUUAUUGAUGAGGAAUAUAAAAUUGCUGACACUUCUGAAGGGGGCGUCUACCUGGGGUUCUAUGAAGGGCAGGAAGUAGCUGUGAAACGCUUCUAUGAAGGCAGCACACAUGGACAAAAGGAGGUCUCCUGUCUGCAGAGCAGCCGAGCAAACAGUGACUUGGUGACGUUCUAUGGGAGUGAGAGCCACAAGGACUGUCUGUAUGUGUGCCUUGCCCUCUGUGAGCAGACACUGGAGGAGCACUUGGAUAAGCACAGAGGGGAGGCUGUGGGAAAUGAGGAAGAUGAAUUUGCCCGGCAUGUCCUUUUCUCUGUAUUUAAGGCUGUGGAAGAACUACAUCUACUGUGUGGAUACACUCAUCAGGAUCUGCACCCCAGAAACAUCUUAAUAGAUUCCAAGAAUGCUGUUUGCCUGGCAGAUUUCGAUAAAAGCAUCAAGUGGGGUGGAGAGCCGCAGGAAAUCAAGACAGAUCUAGAGGCCCUUGGACUGCUGGUCCUAUAUGUGGUAAAGAAGGGAGAUAUCCCUUUUGAAACCCUGAAGACUAAAAGUAAUGAAGAGGUGAUUCAACUUUCUCCAGAUGAGGAAACUUGUAACCUCAUUCAUCACCUGUUCAACCCUGGAGAAAAUGUGAAGGAGCAUCUGAGUGGCCUGCUGGGUCAUCCCUUCUUUUGGAGCUGGGAGAACCGCUAUAGGACCCUUAGGGAUGUGGGAAAUGAAUCGGACAUUAAAAUGCGAAAAUGUAAUAGCAGGAUUGUCCAACUACUGCAACUUGAAAUGUCUGAAUGUUCCAGAAGUUUUGCCCAGUGGACUUCUAAGAUUGACAACUACGUUAUGCAAGAAAUGAAUAAGUAUUAUGAAAACAAACGCAAACGUUAUAAGAAUACUGUGUGUGAUCUGUUAAAGUUCAUCCGGAAUUUGGGAGAACAUAUUAAUGAAGAGAAAAACAAAGAGAUGAAGUCGAGAAUUGGAGAACCUUUCCAGUAUUUGCAGGAGAAAUUUCCAGAUCUGGUCAUCUAUGUCUACACGAAACUACAGAACACAGAAUACAAAAAGCAUUUUCCCAAAACCCUCAAUCCCAACAAGCCUUAGUGUGAUAGAGGUCAUCCCUGAGUGGUGGCUGAGCUUUUAGACUUCAGGGAGGUACUUACUUAGCUGUGAUCUUGGGCAAGUCACAACUCUCUGUCUGGGUCUCUUAACUAACCUGGUUGUUUGCGGGGAUGUUAGAUAGCGGGUAUAUCAGGCCCUGACACAGUGCCCAGUUUUCCUACAUGUUUACAACAGAAAAAUGUAUAUGCUUAAACUACCUUCCUUGUCUUUUUUAUGGGUAAAGCUUAGUGCUAGGAGCUGGGAGGGCAUCCUGCUAAGAUUCCUCUUGUCAGUUGCACCCCAGGAGUUGAGUGGCUACACCUGUAAUGCUUCUAUGUUUUACCUUGAUUGUCUCAUUUAAUUCUGCCAAUGACCUUGCAAGACAGGGUUUAUUAUCCCCAUUUAAGAACUGGCGGACCUGAGAUUCAGAGAGUUUGAAUUACUUGCCCAAGAUCAUACAACUUGCAUAGAGCACUGUAUAAAUGCAUUUCGUGUUAUUGUUAUCACUUACUUGGGUAUUUAGAACUUAGUCACUAGCCCAGGGAUCUUCUGGAUGGAUCCCCAAAGGAAUAUGCCAAAGGGACUCCAGAAAGCUCAUUCACUCAUUUACUCCACUUAUGCAUUCAUUCAUUCAUUCAAUAUUUGUUGAACACCUAGUAUAAGACCAGACACUAAUUGUAUGAAUUCCAUUCCUUCUAGAACGACCUACAUUGGUUUUCCAUGACCUCAAGGAAGUUCUCAACUGGGGGCAGUUUUGCCCCUCAGGGGCCAUUUAGCAUCAUCUGGGGAUGUUUUUGGUUUUAAAUCUGGGAGAUAGGGAAUAUUAUUGUCAUCAGAUAGAUGGAGGUCAGGGAUGAUGCCAAACAUUCUAUGAUGCACAGUAUAGCUCCCCACAACAGAGAAUUAUCCAGCCUAAAAUAUCAGUGGUACCAAGACUGAGAAACUCUGCCUUAAGGAAUUGGGACACUUUUGAACUGGCUUGGGGACCAGGACCAUGGAUUGUGUAGACCACCUCACAGAGGAGUGACUUGGAUUUAUUUUCUUGCUUUUGGAUUUGUAGUGAAACAAUUCCAGUGUCACCUCCCCAGAAAGCCCCCUGAGCUCCCCCCACCCUCCAUCCCCCAGUCUGAGUGCUCUUUCUGGCCCCCUAGCACCCAUAACCAGAGCAUGCUUCUCUCCACCUUGAGCUUGCUUCUUCCUCACUGGAAUGUAAGCUUUCAAGGACCAGUGAUAUUUAUAAUGUUUAUUUAUUUAUUUUGAGAGAGAGAGUGAGGAUAGGUGAGGGAGGGACAGGGCUCAGCAUGGAGCUCGACGUGGGGCUCGAUCCUACAACCAUGAGAUCAUGAUCAGAGCCGAAAUCAAGUGUUGGACACUUAACUGACUGAGCCACCCAGGCACCCCAAUAUAUAUUUUUUGAUUUGUAUCAUUAGUGCCUAGCAAAAUGUCUGCCAUAUGGUAACAUUCAAUAAAUAGUCACUGAAAAAUGAAUGAACCAUCUUUAUAAAUGAAUAAUAAUGUUACCUUACAUUUUAAUCGUGCUUUAUAAUUUAUAAAUUACACCCACAUAUUUUCUCUUUUAGUUUUCAAAAUUAUCCUGUAAGGUAGGUGUUGUUAUCUUCAUUUUGCAGAUGAGGAUAGAGACAUAUUGAUUUACUCUAAUACAUAGCUAGAAAGUAUCACUGUCUUGAUUUGAACAUAUUUUCUGGCAUUAAGUCUGAUGUAUUUUCCACUUAUCCUCGUUCUGGUGGUCAAGGUGGAGACUUGUAAUGGGAGGAACUGGGGAUAAAACAGUAUCUUAGGUUCUUUCUGAAGAGAUGAUGACAGUAAAUGAAGUUAAGAAGAGUUGGAAGUCAAACUAAACAUAAUUGACACUGAUGUCCUCCACUCUCACCUAUGAUUGCAUGGAUCAUCCUCUCCUUGCUUAAAAAAAAGGUACUGGAAGAAAGAAACUUAAGGCUGUUCUGUAAGGUUUUAGGAGAAGCAGGAUUGCCUUAGAUUUUAAAAUUAAGGUUUGUUUUUCUGAUUUGUAGUAAGUACCUGGUUAUGUCAAUCAAAAUGCCCAUUUGUAAAGCAUAGUCAAUAAAACUUGGAGUCAUCUUA